GGGGCGUGGUUUCUCUGGGCGUGUCUCUUAAGACUAAAGAUGGCUGCUGUUGAUUCUUGGCCAGUUGACAGUACUAAAGAUAGUGACAAGUCUCUCACUUCAUUCCGUCCUUAUGAAGAGCCGUCACUGGCUCUCAGGUCCAGGGGAGGCGGUAGGCAGGUACACCAAGGCCCAGUCAAAAGCUCCAGCUCUCCUAAGACGACCAAACACGUCACUACUGCCAACGCAGCACAAAGACCAACACAGCCUCAACAAUCAAGAAAUCCUCCUGUAGCUCCUCCUGCCAGUAACACUAAGCCUACACCUGCUCCUCCUGGGACUAAACAGCAGCAGCAGAGGGUGAGUGGAUCCAGUAUUCAGAGACAGCAGCCUGUCCCUGCUAGAGGUCGUACUCGCAAGUUAGUGUCACAGUCUUCCACUACUUCACUGUCUGGUGCAACUGCGGUUGGUGUUACUAGCACUGGAGGGAGUGGCCCUAUGGCCCAGUCCCACCGCUCAAUUGUAGAGGAACAGAUUGAUAAAAUAAUCAGCUCCAAUACACUCCAAGUAUCGGAGAGCACCAUUGCCCAUUGGAUGCCUGAUAAACUCUGUCAUGAGUGCUCGGAGUGUGGUGUCCGUUUCUCUUUAUUUGUGAGACGUCAUCAUUGCAGAGUCUGUGGUCGUAUUUACUGCCACUCGUGCAGUAACCACACAAUACCUGGCAAUCUCUUCAGGCCCAACAUGACGGGUAACAUUAGGGUCUGUCUAGCUUGCAAGAGCAUAUUCUAUGAAGUUGUGUCCAGUCGAUCUAACCCAGAGGUCCAAAACAUGACGCCGAUGAUGACCCGAUCUUUAAUGAGCACCAGUACUGGGGUAUCAGACCCAGGUGCUUACCUUGAUACUGAUACAGUAUCCGUCAGUUCUUCACUGAUGCAGAGCCGGGUUUCAUGGGAUCCUGAGUUAGAGGUUGAUGUUAAUUCCCCUUCUCGUUCUAGUAGCAUCGGUAUUGAGUUUGAUAAUCCAACCCCCAGCAGACUCCAGCGGACCUUAAGAAAAACCGUUGGGAGUGAAGAGAAUAUACUGGCACUAGCUGAAGAUGAAGUGGAGGUCAGAUUGCAAGAGAUUUGGCAGAAGUUUUGUGACAAAUCAACAGGUCCAUAUCCAGUGACCCACAGGCACAGGUUCAGGAACUUUCCCAGUUCUUAUUCUGCCCAUGAAAUAAUAGAGUGGCUCCUCCACAUGAAGAUGGCACGAUCAAGGGAAAUGGCGGAGCGAAUUGGUGAAGCAUUAGUUCAUACCAAGUGCCUGAAGAUAGUCUCAACUCAAGAUCAGUUGUUUAAAGAUUCUAAAGAUAUUAUACUGGAGAUGGGAGAGGACAAUCAGCUCAACAACACAUCAACUAGUCCGACAGUAGCUGAUGCUCCCAACUGGUUUCUCAGUAAUGAAGACGAGGCUCACACUCAGUUUGAAAGGAAAACAAGUUUGACUGAAGCCAAUCUAGACACUGAUAGUGGCCUUGCAACAUUCCGUCGCAAGAGACUCACUGACGUGUUUCCACUUGAUAACUCGAUACCAGAAGAACCUGCAAAUAAAGAUCCACCAAUCGUCAUUGAGGAAAUACCCAAGGAACCAAGGAAAGAUGAUUUUGAAGUGAUUAAGAAUGAGGGGCUACCUCAAGAGGCCAUUGAAGUGCAGGAGCCUAAUAAAUCAAUAGCACCAGGUCAUUACGUGUUCCCUCCCACUUCAACACUCCACCCACUCCCGUUUGAUUCUACCAUUCACUCUGUCACCAGUUUCAGUAUUCUUGAUGCUGAUGCUGCCGGACCGUCUAUUCCUGGAUACUCUAAAGCAACUCAAGCUAGCAAACAGUUUGAGGAACUAUCAGUUUAUAAUGAGAUCAAAGCCCAACACUUGGCCAGUUACCACAAGCACCUUGAUGCGUUCCUAAUCCAGCAAUUGAAGACCCUUGGUCUCUCACUGGAGUGGCUUGAGACAAUACGGCCACUUGUACUAACAGCCAGUCACACUGUCUCUACUGAUGUCACCCCUGAUGAUUUCAUGGAUAUCACAGCUUACUGUAAAGUAAAGAAGGUCCCUGGGGGUCGAAUGUCUUCUUCUAGUUUCAUUAAUGGCGUUGUCUUCACUAAACACGUCAUUCACAAGAAGAUGAACAUGUCCCUUCGGAACCCUCGGAUCCUCUUGCUAAAGUGUGCCUUUGAGUUCCAGAGGAAGGAGAACCAGCUCUCCUCUUUUGAUACCCUCCUCUCGCAGGAGAAGGAGUACCUCAAGAACCUUGUUGAGAGGGUCAAGAGGGUUAGACCAACAGUUAUACUGGUACAGAAGUCAGUGUCUCGAUUUGCUCUAGAGAUACUCCAUUCUCACGGUAUUGUGGUGGUCGUUAACAUAAAACCAUCAGUCAUGGGACGCAUUGCUCGUAGUACUCAGGCGGACCUCAUCACUAACCUUGAUCAGCUCUACUUUGACAUCAAACUAGGAACUUGUGGCCACUUUUACGUCCGAACCUACACCCUCCCAGAGGGAAUCAGGAAGACACUGAUAUACCUGGAUGAGUGCGAGCCAAGACUGGGCGGAGUCAUCAUGCUCCAAGGAAACUCAAAGAAUGUUCUUAAACGAGUGAAGAAGGUGGUCCUGUUUGGACUUCAGAUUGCGUACAAUAUGAAACUGGAGUGCUCUUAUCUGAGUGACCUACUGGUAGUCCCUUCUCCUAAUGUAAGGAUCAAGGACUCAGGACAGGAUGAUGAUGAUGGAUACGUCACUCCUCCUCUUACGCCCACGCAAUCACUGCACUGCUUCUCACCAUCACUCUUCAUUGAGGAAGGAGAGAGAGUCUCUGCUACUAGCAGCACUCAAGAAGGUAUUGAAGAGAAAGAGGAGGAUCCUGAGGAUCCAGUUCUUGAGGAUACUAAUACUCAUACCACCGAGCCAUUGCCUACUGAGACUGGUACUAGUACUGCUGGUACUGGUACUGAUACCGGUACCAGUACUGGCACUGCUGGUACUAGUACUGGUAAUGGUACUGGUACUGACACUAGUACUGCUGGUACUGGUACUGACACUAGUACUGCUGGUACUGGUACUGACACUAGUACUGCUGGUACUGACACUAGUACUGGUACUGGUACUGACACUAGUACUGCUGGUACUGGUACUGACACUAGUACUGGUACUGGUACUGGUACUGACACUAGUACUGCUGGUACUGGUACUGACACUAGUACUGCUGGUACUGGUACUGACACUAGUACUGCUGGUACUGACACUAGUACUGGUACUGGUACUGGUACUGACACUAGUACUGGUACUGGUACUGCUGUACAGCUCACCUCUGAAGAAGCAUUCCAGGCUGUACUUUCCUCUCACAUCAUCUCAAUGUCUCCUUUCUUGUCAUUUGCUACUCCUUACCUCCAGACAGAGCAAGGGCUAAAGGCUCAUAUAAGGUGCUACUUGCCACAGUCCAUUUAUUGGUCCCAUUGGUUUAAACCAACCAAUGAGAUACCACAUGCUCCAGACCAGUGUGAUCCUGCCACUGAUGGUAGCCAAUCCCAGUUACCUCCUCCUCCUACUGUUAGUGUUCAGUCAGCCUGUAGGUACAGGAGUGUGUCUUCCCAUCCUUUCACACACUCUUCCUUCUUACUCCCAAUAAACAAUCCCAAAGAUCGCUCCACUAAUAACGGAUAUAAAUCAGCUUUGGCUGACUUCAGGUCUCGGGCCAUGAGUUGUCUUCUUGAGAACACAUGUGAGUUCUUUUUUCCAACUGCCAAGAGGUCAGCUGAUGUCUAUCAGCGGCUGGAAGGAGUGUUUGCUGGCUCUCGUGAGUUUGAGCUGAUGGCUGGCCACUCAUGGAAUGGAAGCACAGAAGAAUUAUUUCCAGACACUAAUGAACAACAAGUUGAUGAUCCUCAAGUACCACAGUCCACUCACAGUUAUGAAGGAUCUUAUUCUUCCAGUCCUUCAUUAAGAGAUCAAGGUAUUCCUAAUGCCACUACUGCUACUGCUCCACCCCCUCCUCCUCCUCCUCCUCUUGCUGGUGAUGAUGAAGAGGAGGAUACUGAUAGUGCUGAUAAUGGUAUUGGACUCACUCAAGUGUUAGAACAAAUAGUUCAAUCUCCUGAUUCUAAAGGACAGACUACCAGGACUGGCCCUCCAGUCCCUUCUAAUGGAGAGUGGAGCGGAUUCCUAAUGGACGAUAAUUUACCUAAUCCUAAUCAAAGUGAUUGUCUGGAUCCUUCCAACCAUCAGUUCCUGUCUCUUGUCUUCAGUAGCACUUGCAAUGAUGAGCACUUACAGAAACAGCUCUAUCCCUGUGUUCAACCAUGUCAUAUUCCAAUGAAUUACUAUGGUCGUAAUGACAUACCACUGGGAGAGUUCCUUCAUCGAUAUUGCUUCCGUGAUUCUUACAUAUGCCAGUCGUGUGAGAUUGAUAUGAGCAAGCACCAGAGGCACUUUGUUCACGGGAGGCAGGAGCUUAGGAUAUCAAUGCAGCAGCUGGCGAUGCCAAUACCAGGAGGGGACAAGAGUAUCUUCACCUGGUCCACCUGCCUCAAGUGCAAUAGUUCUCAGAGUAGCACUCCACUCCUUCCUUUGUCUGCUGAUACUCUUCUUUAUUCUUUUGCUAAGUUCCUUGAUUUAAAGUUCUAUGGCAGCAACUAUGUUUCUUUCAACUUCAAUGGUGGACAGGAAAGCAAUGGCCAGGAGGAAUCUCUUACCACCUCCUCCUGUAGCCAUCCCAUCAACACGAGCUACAUACAGUACUUCUGCUUUGGUGACAAAGUAGCAGUGUUUGAGUCAUUGCCCAUUGAUAUAUUUGAGGUGAGGAUUCCUCCACAGCACAUUACCAUAGAAACCGCCAGCAGCAUACAGUGGCACCACAGCUAUCCUGAAGAGAUCAAGCGUCUUGGGAAGAUUGUGGAAGGAGUGUUUUUCAGAGUCAUGCAAUACUUAACUCUCUUCAAUAUUGAACCAGCUGCUUCUAAAGUUAAAGAUGCUUUUGCAAGGGCUAAAGCAAUGAGAGAGAACUACAGAAAUAAAGUGAAGAGAUUGAAAGAACUGUGUGCCCAUGCUGGGGUUUUCCCACGACUGGUCCAACCAGUUGAAGCUGACGAGGAAGUAUCUGGUAAUGUAUUCAUACUCCAGGACUCUGUGGCAGACCUUAAGAGACUCAUAGCUGAAGCUGUCUUCUGUUUCAAUAUUGAAUUGGAUGAGAUUGAUACUAGUCUGAGGGAAGUCUUUGCUCGUAAGGAUGGUCUCUCUACUCCUCACAACACUGAAGACCAGACCCCCUCAGUCAGUCCUCAUUCCAGCCCUCAGUCCAAGCGUAAACCAAACGACCGCUCAUUCUUCAAUAAAACGAGUCCCACACUAGUCAAGAAGUCAGGAGCCACCCUCACUCCUCCUUCCUGGCAGUCCCAGUCCAUUGAUUGCUCAACAGUUCAAAGAAGACACAAGAGACAGUUCUCGGAUUCUCUAGCAUUACCUGUCAAUCAUGGGGAGGCUGGAGUUAACAAAUCUACAGCUGAAUCAUCAAAGGAAGACAUAAGUGAUGAGCUUAUGGUUAGAAGAGAUCACUCAUUGAGUGUUACUGACAGUCUUGAACUGCCACCCACCAUCACCUCAAGUGGUGACAUUCGUAUCAAUAGAAGUCCUCAUUCAUCUAGUGAUAAUAUCAGUACUGGUGGUGGACUCACUGCUCCUGUCCUUGAUACUGAGGGGGCCAGUGAUAGAAUGAACCUAGCAUUGGAGGAGCCAGAGGAGUCAGUCUACAUGACCACAUUAUUGAAAAUUGAUGACACUGAUAUCUUACAAAAAUUAAGAGGCAAAGAUUCUGAUGAUGUUAAAAAGUUUUAUACCAUUCAAGCAACAGGUGGACAUGACACAGAUAAUGGAGAUGCAGCUAGAGGUGGUAAAUUAAGUGCUCCAUCACCUAAAAGAUAUCCUGCUAGUGGUCCUGUUGCUAAUGGUAAAAGUGAAGAUGUUGAUUCUGCUUCUGCCAUCACCAAGUCUUCAGAAAAGAAGCAAACAUUGGAGAAGCUUCCAUUUUUAUUUUCAAAGCCAUUUCAAAAACUGCCUCCUCCUUUUGAUCUUACAGAGCAUCAUUUGAUUCGUGGUAGUUUGAGGUUUCAUGUUUCAGUUUAUGAGAAUGAGCCAACUUCAAUCAUAGCAUUUGCUCUCUGUUCUCGUGAAUAUGCAAAUGAAUUGAAACUUUUACUAGACGAGAGAAAGAAAGGGAUCACAGAAUCCACUGCACCAAUACCUCCAGCAAUUGUAACAGAAGGUGAGAGUUCAACGAAUGUUCCUCCUACUGCUUCAAGACAGUCUGGAUUCAAACAACUCAAGACUGCAUUCUCUGAUUGGUACAAGAGCCGUCAUCCCAACACUAGCUCCACCCCCACUGCUAACGAUACUACUGGUAGUGUAGAUCAACCACAGCAACAAGGAGGAGUAGAGAAUCCAGUGGAAGAUGUUGAAGGAGAGAAAGAGAAUGAGUUGUUUGCUAGUAUCAAGUGGAAUAGCACUCCUGAUACUGCCAGUAGUAGCAGGUUCAGCAGCUCACAUGAAAACAGGCACAUCAGUUUAGAGUUUACUGAUGACACUGCAAAGUUCUUUUGUAAAGUAUAUUAUGCUGAGGAGUUCCGGAAACUAAGAGAGCACAUAUACCCAGACGGAGAAGAGAAGUUCAUUAGGUCACUUGCCCGUUGUGUUAAGUAUGAAGCAAAGGGAGGGAAAUCAAGGGCAAUGUUCCUAAAGACUUUUGAGGAUCGACUGAUCAUGAAGCAAGUCCAAAUGGUUGAAAUCACAUCAUUCAUUGACACCGCCUUGCAAUACUUUCAACACGUUACUGAAGCUGUUAAAAGUGAUAGACCAUUGGUAUUAGCUAAGAUACUAGGGGCAUACAGUAUUGGGUUCCGCAACAGUAAGACAGGUAAUUCAAAGAGACAUCAUGUCAUUAUAAUGGAGAACCUUUUGUAUGGUCACCGCUGUACUAAAGUUUUUGAUCUGAAAGGAUCAAUGAGAGGUAGAUAUGUAUCACGUAAUACUAAGAAUCCAGAAGUCACUGGGGAAGUGUUAAUGGAUGAAAACUUUUUAGAAUAUAUAUAUAACAGUCCUGUUUAUGUAUGGCCACAUUCAAAAACAGUACUAAUGCAAGCCAUCCAGGCAGACACACAGUUCCUAGCUACUAAUUCAAUAAUGGACUAUUCCUUACUGACAGCUCUGGAUCAAGAGAAUGGUGAAUUAGUGGUUGGUAUAAUAGAUUUUGUUCGACCUUUCACUUUGGAUAAAUUCCUUGAAAUGUUCAUAAAGAAAGCUGGAAGGAGUGUACUACCAACUGUUGUAUAUCCUGAACUUUAUAGGAAGAGGUUCAUUGAUGCAAUGGACCGUUACUUUACUCCAGUCCCUGACAAAUGGACUGGACUAGGUGCUGAUGUUAAGCUUAAUAUAUCUUUGUAAUCUUUGACAUAAAAUGCUGUGAACUUUGAUUAAUUUUUAUCGCAAUUAUCUUCACAAAGUA